AUGACGAGUCCGCCAGUGCCGCCGCCUGAUGACGAUAAGGCGCCUGACAUCGCCCCGGAGGAGCGCGAGCGAAGGCGAACAACGCCCUCGACGCAAAUUGCGGAGGAGGAGUGGUACAAGUACGGUAAGGAGGUCUUCAUUGCAAAAUGUGCCGGGUGUCAUCCCGGAGGCAUGAACCAGAUUCGUAUCUCACGGGGUUUGAACAUUGAAGAUAUGGAGCGAUGGGGCCUCUUGAAGGAGCCGCAGAAGAUCACAGAGAUCAUCCGCUAUGGCCAGGGCACCAUGCCAGGCUUCGCAAAGGAUUGCCCUGAGAAAAGUGGCGUGGAGCGUUGCGGUGUCGUCGUACCGCUGGACGAGGCCACGCUGCUUGAUGUGGAGGACCGGUCCUGCCAGACUGUAGAGGCAGCUGAAGGGCCCGUGGCCAGCUUCCUCUUGUGUCCACUUGUCAUGGCAGCUGCAAGCUUUGGCAGUGGUUCAGAGAGACAGGAGAUAGGCAGCUGGCGGAAAGAGCUGAAGUUUGCGCUGGCCGCUGCGUGGGGUGGGUUGGGGUACCAUGCUCGAACCUGCCCUCUGCGAGACCGACGCAACGUGAAUGAACCUAUUGUGAGGCAACACUGUGGUCAUCCUAUCUUCGACAGCCGCCAGCGCGCGUGGCUGGAAGCAGCUCAAGCAGUUCUUCGAGAGAUCGAGAAAGUGCCCUUGCCUGAAGGUCCAUUCAAGGCCAGCCUGCGCAUAGAGGCCAUGAUCGGCGAGGUCCGUGCUAUGAGCUGGGGUAUGAAUGGCUGCCAGGCCAUAGUUGUGGUGGACCCAUGGGGCCUCUCUCCAAGAACCAAGACUUGUUCCAGGCAGGCAGUAGCCCUGGAAGCCGACAGCGCCAUGCAAAUGGCUCUCCACUGUCUGGUUCCGCUGUUUGAGACAUUGACUCUGAUCUGGUCCGCUGCCGCAGUGUUGGGCAGCCUGUUGGCCACCAAACGCCUGGAUCGGCUCGUCACAUCGUCUGUUCGGGCAGAUUUCAGCAAGGCCCUGCAGAGUCCUGUGGCAGACCGCGAACAAGCUUCGGCAUUGUUGGACAAGCUUGAUGCUGGGAAGGCCGUGCGACACCUUAUUCAAAAUGAAGAAGAGCCUUGCAGUGAAGAUCCUUCCCAUCCCAGCGUGAUCCAGCCUCUGGACCAUCCAGAGCCCGCUGCUCGGAUCCCUUCGGACGAAGCCAAGGACAUCGUCGCCAUCCAGGAGGCUGACUUUGUGCAGCGUUUGGUAGAUACCGCUGUGGAGACCAACGAGGAAACUAUGGAGAGCAAGGAAGACGAGAUCUUCAUUGGCAAGGUGAAUCGGAACGACCAUGAGAUUGUGCAAGCUUUGCUAACGGGGGCCUCCUUGCAGCGUUGCCGCCAACAGCUGGAGGCUGCAGGCUACGAGGUUCGAACGGCCCAGGGUGCCUUCAUCUUCGUUCAUCCCUAUCAAAUGGCCGAUGUCCAGCGAGCCCUUGGCACGGUAGAGCUGAAGGCCUCCAAUAUAAUCUUCGCAAGAUCAUUGGAGAACCUAAUCGCAGAGACACUGGGCGCAUUUCGCCGCCGGGGCGCUUGGAUCAGCAGCAGGGACAGCCUGCUGAGCAUGCAUUCAGCGGGAAGUACAUCUGCAGAGCCAGGCUCCCUCAGGUCGAGCGAAACUGACAGGUCAGUAGAGGGUGUCAUCAAACAUAUCCGCACGUUUCUUGACUGGCAUCCUGCUCGUCAAGCUCAACGUGUGACAUCCUCAACGACAGAUGCGGACAGCGGAAAGGGAAGGAAUCCACGACGCACAGUUGAGCUUUUGUAG